CGCACCCGGAGGCCGGGGCUCUGCGCUCGAGCGGUCGAGCCUGACCCGUACCCGGAGAGAAUCGCUCAGCGACUGCCCCGGGCUCGGGGCGGGUAGGAGGAGGCCUCAGUGGCCGGCGCGGGGAUGUCGAGGAGCUCGAAGGCGGUGCUGGGCCUCUCGGUGGUGCUGACGGCGGCCACCGUGGCCGGCGUGCAUCUGAAGCAACGGCAGGACCGGCAGAGGCUUCAUGAUGGAGUGAUCAGAGACAUUGAGAGACAAAAUCGGAAAAAAGAAAACAUUCGUCUUUUGGGAGAACAGAUUAUUUUGACUGAGCAACUUGAAGCAGAAAGAGAGAAGAUGUUAUUGGCAAAAGGAUCUCAAAAAACAUGACUUGAAAUGGAUGUCAAAUAU